GACCCUGUGGCCAACCCGUACCUCCAUGCCACCGAGAAGCAGGACGAUGCGUUCGUGAAGCGCGAGGGGCCGACGGCGGGCAGCGGGGGCGACACAGACCCAGGGGUGGGCCCGGCCCUGCGGCGGGGUUGGGAGGAGUUGAAGGUUGGCGGCGGCAAGGCGCCCUGGGUGGACACGCAG